AUUCCUUCAGGCUUCAGUGCAGAUUGCAUACACAAGGAAAAGAGAGAGAGGCAAUGGCUUCCAUGUCCACCACUCAAUGCACGAAGAAACUAAGGAAAGAGGCAUAUAAGGGAGCAUGGACAUCUGAGGAAGACCAGAAGUUGGCUCAAGUCAUUGAAAUCCACGGUCCAAUGAGGUGGAAAACAGUUGCAGCCAAAGCAGGUCUGAAUAGAUGUGGGAAGAGUUGCAGGCUGAGAUGGAUGAAUUACCUAAGACCCAACAUCAAAAGAGGCAACAUUUCAGAGCAAGAAGAGGACUUGAUACUGAGGCUUCAUAGGCUUCUUGGAAACAGGUGGUCUUUGAUUGCUGGUAGACUGCCUGGCCGGACAGAUAAUGAGAUCAAGAACUACUGGAAUUCUCAUUUGAGCAAGAAAAUAAAGCAACAAGAGAAACAAUGUAGAGGUUCAACGAAUGGUGCUGAUGAGUCUCAUCAGAAAUGCAGUGAAACAACAAAAGCAAGCAGUAGUUCUAUUUCAGAGAAUAAGGGAAGUGAAGAGGGGACAUCUAAAGAUAACGACCCAAAAUCUAGCCUCGUUGGAGAUAAUGAACUCUUUGAUUGCCCCAGCGAGGGACCUUUGAAUUUGGAGUGGAUGAGUCAAUUCCUUGAGAUGGAUGAGGGAUGGUUUGAAUUUGAAUUUGAAUAAAUUAAUUAAGUAUGAGCUCUCCUCCUUCCA